CAGCGCGCCCCGCGCAUGCGCAGUCCCCGCGCCAUGCUGCCGCUGCCGCCGCGCCUUCACCUCCUCCUCCGGGAGGGGCUCCCUCCGCUCCCUCAGGAUCUCCCAUCCCCGCACCCUCCUCAGCCCACGCCGCCCUUCACCUUCGCCCCUCGCCGCCUCCGCCUCGGCCCCCAACACCCGCUCUUCGAGGAUGGGGACGUGCACAGGCACCUCUACCUUCAGGGCGUCCUCACCAGCCUCGAGGAAGUGGCCGAGAGACCCAAGGUGUCCGAGUUCAGCUGCCACAUCUCUGGGUGCAGCCAGGUGUUUGACACGCUGGAGGGCUACGAGCACCACUACAACACCCUGCACAGGAAUGUCUGCUCCUUCUGCAAGCGCUCCUUUCCCUCUGGGAAUCUCUUGGAUAUCCACAUCUUGGAGUGGCACGACUCCCUCUUCCAGAUAAUGGCCGAGAAGCAAAAUAUGUACCAGUGUCUGGUGGAAGGCUGCACGGAGAAGUUCAAGAGCAGCAAGGACAGGAAGGAUCACUUGGUGACCGUGCACCUUUACCCUGCUGACUUUCGGUUUGACAGGCCCAAGAAGGUGAAAAGUGGCUCCAAGCACACAAACUCUCCCAUGGAGCAGGGUGACAGUGUGCCCAUGGAUGUGAGCGUGGACAUGGCAGAGCAAUUCCAGGUGAAUCCCGUGGAAACAGGGCCUGAGGAGAACAUGGAGAUCUCUCAGCCUGCAGCCAGCUCCGGCCCCUCACUGCCAGAGAAACGACUCUACAAAUCCAGGUCUGUACUUUGGCCUCUGGGGCAGAUGGGGCUGGGACCACUCCAUCUUAUCAGCCCUUUACAGCACUGGGGUGUUCUUCAUCCUGAAGAUGAAAGAGGCAGGAAUCCCAUGUGUGCUUCCAAAGCCAUUUUUGAAAGAAGGAAGUGUGAGGAAGAGCAGAACGUGGGUGUGCUGUGGAAGCUGUGUUUGUCUGCCCACCUGAUCUCUUCCCAAGGAUCCCAUCCACAAUUUGCUUUGGACAAGGUGCCACCCGAGGAUUUAAAGGCCCACGGAAGAAAGUCUGAAGGUCAGUGCAGCAGAUUUGUGCAGGAUGAGCAGACAUGGAGCCAAUGCCACCAGGGAUAUUUCCAGUUCCCACUCCAUGGAAUGAACCAUUCAAACCAAUUAAAGCUCUGCCAGCAUUUGGGUCAUGGGUUCCUGAUGUCAAACAGAACUGGCACCACCUGACUGAGUUAAGAAUCCUCAAGAUUUUAGGAAGGGGAACCCAAAACGUGUGGUGAGGUGCUAAGGAAACUGUCCUGCAGCCGAGGCUGCACAGGAUUGGGUAUUUUAGAUUUUGCCUCUUGGGGAUAAAACACAGAUUCAAGAAGUUUACAGGACGACAGUGUGACUGCAUGGAAGCUGGAAUCACUGGGAAAAGAAAAUGGGGGGAAAUAACCCCAUCGGUCCUUGGUUCUGACUUUUUCCAUCUCCAUGAAGUCUCCUCUGCAGCCCGGCACCUGCUCUGGAAGAUUUAUCUGGGUCAGGAGAAGCGUUUUGGCAGGGAGUUAAAAUAAAGUGACUUCCAACCCGGUGAAUAAAUAAAAGGAAUUGUUACAAAAUUGCUUCAUAAAGAAUUUAAGUGCUACUUUGAAGCCCAGGCAGGGUCAGAUAAGUGGAAUGAACCUCCCUCCCUCUGCUGCAAAUACUGACAAAAUCAGGUUGGGAUGGAGGUUGCUUUCCCUGUUGCCUUUCCUUUCCUUUGUAAUCUCAUCCUCCUGGAAAAAGCUGGAAACACAGAGCCACUGGUUUUGGGGUCCUGGGGAAUCUUGACACUCAAAAAUUGUGCAUAAGGGGAAAAAAAGAGGUUUCUGGAACAAUGUUUAUCCAAGAAGCUUAGGAUCUAUAAUUGCGUUUUUUCCCUUCCCCCUCUCUGUGAGGAAUAGAAGAUCAAAGGGGCUUUGAAAAAUCCUUGCAAAUGGGAGCAGGGAAUGAUGUUUACGGAGAUGUAGGAGAUUUCCCAGUGAGUUUUAAAAAGCUUCGCUCUGUUUAAAACUCAUCCAGCUUGUCCAGCCCUAAUCCCUGCCCCGUGGGCUCUGGAGAGUGCUGCAGGAAAACCCUGCAGCCUCACGACUGCCUAGGGACCAAAAAUCACUUCCCAACACUAAAGCCCAGAAUGAGGCUUUUUUUCCCCACACUGGGAUAUCUGGGAAUGGGAAGCAGGCCCCGUGUUGCUGGUGAUGCCUGCAGGCUUAGGCCUGUGAUGGUACAAAGGUCAUGCAGCAGCCCAGUCUGCUCUUGCUUAUGUGUUUAGGUCCACGAGUCCUAACCUUUUUCCCAGAGUCCAGGGUUCCUGAGUGCCUCACCUUGCUAUUGGAAAACACAUUGAAGUUGCAGUUACAGCUUCAGGGCUCCUGGCUGGCUCUCUUCUGGACCACCAGCUUUUCCCAGUCCAACAAAGUAUUUCCCAGCUGGCAGUGGCUGUCAAAAAUCCUUAUUUCAAGCCAAAACUUGAAUUUCCCAUCUCUGCAGAGAUCAUGCACUGGCAGGAAGACAUGGACCUGCCUGCCCUGGUGGGGUGCACAGGCUGCCAUCUCCCUGAGCAGCAGGACCUGGAUCCAUCCAGGGCCAGGGAGGGACUUGGAUCCGCCCAGUGCCACCAGGGAGGGACUUGGAUCCGCCCAGUGCCACCAGGGAGGUGUAGGCCGGGCCGCCACGGGCCGGGCAAAGUGCGAGGCAGGUGUGGCAGGAGGCAGCCACGGACAGGGCCAUGGGACUCCGCAGUGUGAGCAUCCUGCUGGGCAUCGCCCUCCUCCUGCUGGCACCUGGCAACACCCAGGCUCUGAGCAGCUCCCGAUGGAAGGACCUGGACACGGAGCAGGACUUGGCUGAGGAAAUCAUCCUGGGCGUAGAAGCCAACAAGCCAUCAGAGGGUGAACCUGGUAUAAAGGUCUUCUCCGGCAGUGCCUGGGCUCAGAGGGCCCCACCCCAAGUCCAGCACCCCCAAGAUGAUGCCAGGGAGGCCAGUGCCCGUGUGCCAUUCUGGAUGCUGGCCCCAAAGGUGCAGAAUGGUCCGGAGGAGGAUCGUGACCACCUCUACCACCCCGAGGAUGAUGCCAGGGAGGAUGAAGUCUACAAGCCACUCCGGAUGCUGUCCGUGGCGGUGCAGAAUGACCCUGAGGAGGACCGUGACCACAUCUACCACAGCUGAGUGGAGAUGUACCCGGGCUGUGAAACGAGGGCUGGGAUUUCCUGGGGAAAUUUGCCCCUUCCCACCCAGCCUUGAGCCUCAACAAUAAACCCACUCCCCUCUGCACA